UACAACUCCCCCAAACACAGAAGCAAUCCGCAACAACAACCAAAAAGUCCGGGAAGGGGGAGAGAACACGCCAGAGGGAAGCACCCUCGGUGGGGAGAGCCGGGUUUCUUUGCAGAGACACGGUCCCAUUCACAGCGGAUCCCAAUGCAACUGCUCAUCCUCCUCCUCCUCUACGCUGUCGUCUGUGCGAACUUUUGCAGCCGUCAGGGCACCACUGCCCCUGCCCAGAGCGGAUCUAUAAAAGCCUUGCGGUCCUCGAAUAUCAGGCGAGAUGAGAGCAAUCACCUCACAGACUUGUACCGAAAAGAAGAGACCAUCAGCGUGGCAGGGAACGGCUGCAUCCACAGUCCUCGCUUCCCCAGCAGUUACCCCAGGAACCUCCUGCUGACGUGGCGGCUCCACUCGCCGGAGAACACCAGGAUCCAGCUGGCUUUUGAUAAUCAGUUUGGACUGGAGGAGCCUGAAAAUGAUAUCUGCAGGUAUGACUUUGUGGAAGUGGAAGAUGUAUCAGAGACCAGUACAGUUAUACGAGGACGGUGGUGUGGACACAAGGAAGUACCUCCAAGGAUAACAUCAAGAACAAAUCAGAUAAAAAUUACCUUCAAAUCUGAUGACUACUUUGUGGCUAAACCUGGAUUCAAGAUUUGUUACUCCCUGGUGGAUGAUUUCCAGCAUGCAGCCUCAGAAACCAACUGGGAGUCAGUCACAAGCUCUGUCUCAGGGGUAUCCUAUCCCUCUCCAUCAGUGACUGACCCUACGCUCACGGCAGAAGCACUGGAUCAGACCAUUGCUGCAUUUGACACGGUGGAAGAUCUGCUCAAACACUUUAACCCCGACUCCUGGCAAGAAGAUCUUGAGAAUUUGUACACAGACAGUGGCCACCAUUAUCGGGGCAGGAGCUACCAUGACAGGAAGUCCAAAGUUGACCUGGACAGGUUGAAUGAUGAUGUGAAACGUUACAGCUGCACUCCAAGAAACUACUCUGUCAAUUUAAGGGAGGAACUGAAGCUGACAAAUGUAGUUUUCUUCCCCCGCUGCCUCCUUGUCCAGCGCUGUGGAGGAAACUGUGGCUGUGGGACUUCAAACUGGAAAUCCUGCACAUGCAUGUCAGGAAAAACAGUGAAAAAAUAUCAUGAGGUGCUGAAAUUUGUCCCCGAGGCUGGGCAUCCCAGAAGAAAAGGCAGAACCAGGAACAACAUGGCUUUAGUAGAUAUACAGCUGGAUCACCAUGAGCGUUGUGAUUGUAUCUGCAGUUCAAGACCACCCCGAUAAAAAAUAGAUUUAAAAAUGAAAAAAAACAAGACACACUAAUUGCAGCUUACUGGACUUCUACUUUUAAGCAGGAUUGCUCUGAGGACCUUUACUCGCUAAUCAUUUGAACUUUGCUACUAGCCUGCCUUUGCAAUUAGCAAAAAUGAUUGCUGUGUUUCAACAUAGCUAUGCUGAUUAGUGCCAUGGCAGCUAAACAAGUAUAUCAUAGAUUUAUAUAUCAGCAUCCAAGAAUAUAGGAUUAUGGUUAUCUGUAGCUAGAUUCUGAGGGCUGCGAUUUUCAAAGCUCACUUACAGUCCUUAGACACACAAUGCCACUGAAAUUAAACACCAGUUGCGGUAGCUGGCAGUGAAAUAGUGUUGUGUUUCUGUUUCUUACUCACCAGUCUCAACUCUCAAAUUCUGCUGCCAUUUCUACCUGCUUAGCUCUCCUGAUGGUCAGUAAGGGUUUAUGGGUAUAAAUGAAGAGAGAAUUUGAGCUCAUAUGAGUGUAAAAUGGUUUGCCCCGCUUUGAGAGGGAACUUUCCAGCAUUCUGGCCCAACAGAGUGAGAUAUGAUGAGGAAAAUCCAUCGCAACAUGAAAUAAGACAUCAGUAAAUCCAAAUCUCACUGUUUGUACUGGAACAAAUCAUGUGCUGAAAUUAAUAGAUGCUUUGCCUAAGCCGGAACACUGCUGGCAGUAGUGGAGUGCUGAGGCUGGUACUUUUGCCAUGGUGACUCCACAGGAGCCAUCACCCAGGCGUUUCUGCAAGAGGGGCUCCUGCCAGGUCCCCUCGUAAAUUCCUGUGGGCUGGAGCUGAUUCUGGUCUCUACCUACCUGGACUGGAUACUUGGCCCCUUACCCAGAGCUGCCCACAAUUGCCUGGGAGGAGCCCCCUCUACACUAAAAGGGAGAAACAACCCUCCCCUGUAUCCUUCUUGCUGCAGUUCGAGGAAUUCCAUGUUUCCCCACACAGGCAAUGGAGAUAGGGCACUUGUUUGUUGAAAAUAUUGAUUUGUUUUGCAGUUUUGUUACUGGGAAACAAAACUGUGCUUGAGAUUUAAUUAUCGUUGUUUGGUUUGGGGUUUGUUUGUUUGUUUGUUUUAAAUAUGGAUUAUUAUAACUUUGUCAUGUAUGCAUUAAUCUUAGUUAUCUGAGGUUAGUUGUCUCAUUUCAGCUCUGUGUAUUGCGAUGGUUAAACUGUUGACAGUGAAUUUCUUUUUCAUUGCAUUUUGCUGAGGCAUAUUAACUCAUUAAGCAAUGUCUGUUUGUCAUGGAAAAUGUGCAUCAUUUAUUAACUUCCAGAAGAAUAUUAUUAAACAACACCUCAUAAUAAAAUAAGCACUUUAAAAGCUACAGCAUAGCUUCAUAUGCCUUUUAAAAUAUUAUGAAAGUGCUCUAUCUGGAAAAGGGAAAAAAAAAAACCUCCAAACUAGCUUUAAAGGUUUUUAAAUGCUGCUCCAAAAGCGUAAAAUACAGGCAGAUUUAAAUCUGGCAAAGAAUUGGAUUUUUGAUCAUGAAUGUAACAGAGGGAAUGGGGCAGCACAUUUAAUGGCUGAGGUUUUAUAUUUAAUAGCAGGGAUAGGCUUCAUCAUCUUAUGUUGCCUCUUGUUAUUUCUGUCUCUGGAAGAGUGAAGUAGUUUGACAGCAGUGUUACAAUUAGUGGAAACAGGCAUGUGCUACAAUAUAAAAUUGAGACACUUCAAGCCAGUAUGCUUUAGCAAUCUAUGAUUUUGUUACAAAAGCGCCCUAAUGUUCUGACUUACCCUUUUUAUCAGCUCAAGUAUUUUAUAAGUGCUCCUUUGUAAUUUUAGCAAAACUUUACUGAAACUUCCUUUAGAAAUGUUGUGUUACUUUCUUUCCUGUAUUAUAACCUUUAAGAUUCAAGAAGUGUGGGGGUUUUAUUAUUUAUAUUAAUUUUUCCUCUCUGGCUCCCAGAUGUCUGUUUAAAAAAGCUCCUGAAUGCUGACCUGGGAAGUGAUUCAUCAUUUUUCAAAGCGAUUCACAUUAAAAGAACAGCACUGGAACCAAAGAUUGCCGGUUUAAUUUUGUAGUUCAGGACUGUUUAAAGAAGAUUUCAUUCUUUCUCUGUCUUAAUAACAAGAUUGACCCAGCCCUUCUAUAAUUUUUAGCUAAUUUUGGAAGAAAUUUGCAUGUGAAACCUUGGCAGUACUGAUUAGUUUUGAGACAGUGCACUUGAAUGUAUACUCCUAACUGAAUUAUAUCUGAAUCAUGCCUAAGCCCUUUGGCCUCAUAGUUAGCAUUGGUUGUAGGAAACACCAGUUUCAUACGGCUUUGUGCUUUGAGUGGUCCUUUUAAUUCCCACCCCUAAAGUGAAAAUAUGCACCAGGCACCCACAGCACCUGUCGUCUCCCACGCACCUCUGCCUGCUUGCCUACUCUCCAUCCCAACAGCCAUGUGUUGGGAGGGGUAUUUACGCCUCCUAAUUUGGGGGAUCCAGCCUUUUCAGGGAGCCUGAGUUAUUGCUGCAGGCAAUUGAGAGAAAGAGGCUCUUCCAAAGUGUACCUUAGCCCCCAGGUUGAAAUCACCCAGUGUGGGAGCUUUUCUUUCUUCUGACUGUGUAGAAAGAUCAGAAAUUAAUUUGGACAUCUAAGCGAGAUACAUAAAGGUAGGUGGUACGAAUACUCAUUUUAAAGACUGAACUUUAGCUUUAGCUAACUGAAUUAGAUACAGGCAGCAGUGGAUGUCAGGGUCCAGCAGAAAAAAUCAGCUGUAAAGUAAAAAGACAUUGGUAUAAUAGGGAUUAUCCUCUUGCUUAAUAUUGGGUUUACUUUUGUAAAUAUAGGCUAAACUUAUCAGAAAAUUUAAAGUAUUACUCCUGGGACACCUAGUAAUGAAUGGAACCAUUCACAGCUUCAUGCUGCUGUCUGCCAUACGGACAGCAUGCUGCUGACCAGUGCAGGAUAGUCAAGGAUGGGCUUUAUUUGUGGUGUGGGGAUGACAAUGUACAUGUGAACCAAGAAGAACUCCCCCAAAACCUUGAGCCCCAACCCACAAUGACCUUGGUGAAAACAAAUACAAGCAAAACUUUUCAUUUAUUAGCAGAAGUUGCAGAGAUGUUUUCCCAUACCUUUAUUUUUUCUUUUGUCUAUGUAAUAAUUGUUAUGUUGUUUACAUACUGUUUUAACUUAAAAAGCAAAGCUGUUAAAAGAACUAAUCUGGUUCAUUGUUAUUGGUGGAAUUGGAACCCCUCAAAAUAAAUAUAUUUUCAAAGGAAAUUCAGAAAGAUUCCUAAUUUCAAACCACUCUCUAACUUUUUAUUUACUGUAUUCUUCUGGGAUAGAGCCUACUUUCUCAAGUGCAAUAUAUAUAUAUAUAUAUAUAUAUAUAUAUAUAUUUGUUUUUGUUAUUUCAGUUAAAUGCAGCUUUCCUAGCAGUAUUGUUUACU